UUGCACUUUCCCUCCGCUAGAUCUGCCCCUUUGCCGCCUCAGGUGUUAGCUCUGGUCCCUCGCAAUGCCUCAUCCACCGAGACUCUAGGGAAUCCUUUUCCGACUCCCGUUAAGUGAUUAGUGAUGGUCUCCCGUGCUCAGUGCGCCCCUUCCCUGAAGGCGACCGGAUUGAAUGCUUAAAUUCCUAGUCCGAGCCUCACCUCCUGUCGCCCCAGAGCGUUGGGCUCAAGCCUAAAUCCCGCCCAAUGCGUCCCUGGAGUACUUUCACAAGAAGAGUCCUGCCAAGAUGUCUAUUGGUGUGCCGAUUAAAGUCCUGCACGAGGCUGAGGGCCACAUAGUAACGUGUGAGACCAACACUGGUGAGGUGUACAGAGGGAAGCUCAUUGAAGCAGAGGACAACAUGAACUGCCAGAUGUCCAAUAUCACAGUCACCUACAGAGAUGGCCGAGUGGCACAGCUGGAACAGGUGUACAUUCGUGGCAGCAAGAUCCGAUUUCUGAUAUUGCCUGACAUGUUGAAAAAUGCACCUAUGUUAAAGAGCAUGAAAAAUAAAAACCAAGGCUCAGGAGCCGGCCGAGGAAAAGCUGCUAUCCUGAAGGCCCAAGUGGCUGCAAGAGGAAGAGGACGUGGAAUGGGGCGUGGAAACAUCUUCCAGAAGCGGAGAUAAUUUUCUCUGUUGAAGGGAACUUUGUUCUUUUUGCUCUUAGGUUAUGGCAGGGGUUUCUUUUGGGGGGGGUUACAUGUGCGUAUGUCCUAGGUUUUCUUUUGAUAUUUCUCUUUGUAUCAGAGAAACUUAAGCUAAAUAAAAUGUGGCUGUUUUGUGGUUUGUGUA